GCGCUCAGUAUUUUCCGUGAUGUUUGCCGCCACAACAACUGGCUCCAUAAUGACUGCCGAAUCAUCCUCUCACCAACUGGUGGGGUACGUCACUAAGAUGUACCCUACGUUCGGAUAUAUUAAUAAUGAAAUUUUUUUUCAGAGAAAGUGUGUAAUUGGUCCUAUGGUUGAGGUAGGAGACAAUGUUGCUGCAAGUGCAGUGUAUCAACCUCAUAUGCCUAUAAAGUGGAGUGCCGAAAAAGUUUGGCGAGUUGAAGAACGUCGUGGCAAAUCUAGAGAUAAAGCAGAAGAAAGCAGCUACUGGAAGAGCCAGUCCCCGCGCAAACACUCUCCUCGUGAUAGCUAUUCUAAACCAGCAUCACGUGAACGUGAUGUUCAUCCAUCCAGCGGCGAUCAGCGACGAGUAGAUAAGAAGCGUUCUCAUGUUCUUAACAGGGAUGACCACUCGAUCAAAAAAUCUCCCAAUCGUGAUCGUCGAAGAACUCCUGUAGAUUCUGUUUCAACGCGACACUCCUCUCCCACGGCUGAUUUGUAUUGUAGGACUCCGAUUAACCCCAAACGUAUGCUGAAUGUGAAAGAGUACUUGUUCUCCGAUCUACAAAGGCGCUUCCCAAAUGUUCUCCCGCCAGUUGACUUGUAUCGUGUUAGAUGCAAUUGGCAAGAAUCAUUCCCAUUACUGAGACCAUUUCAGCCUCAAUAUCUUACAACUUUCCAGAUAAUUAAAGAACCUGAAGACGCUUGUGACGAUGUGCAUCAGCCUUACAACAAUGACAGUGGUUUUGCUGCGUAUGUUUUACUUUUGUCGCUCCCGGCAAUGGCAGAACUAAUGGAGAAGAUAGUUGUCCGAGCAGAGUCUCCUAGUCGAGUACGUGGCUCACUACGUAAGUACAUCAAGAUACUAGCUGCUGGAAAGGUUGACGAAAGACUCAAGGCUAUUGGGGGUUCCUGGAGUCGUGAUUUAGAUGGGCCAGACCCAGCUACAAAUCCUCAAACCCUUGUCAACACGGCUAUUCGUAAUUGUAAACAACUUAUUGGUCUCGAUUUAUCGUAUUGCACACAGUGGCACCGUUUCCUGGAGUUCCGCUAUAGUCGUACUGAAGGUUCAACUGCCCAACCAACCUCAGUCUUAUUUCCUGGCUCUCAACUUUGGGGUCGACCCGUCACAGAAUCUCCUGAAUCUGAUAUGAUUCCUCCAAGCAAACCGUUUCAUCAAAUUGUCGUAUAUUUUAUUCCAAAUGUUUGGUCACUCAUGCCUACAGACGAAGAAUGGUCGACUGUAAAGCUGGCUUAUGAAAAUAUCUUGGCUUCAAAAGAACCUAACGUAUUUCCAAUGACUCCUUCCAACUUGAAGAAGUUUUCUGGUUUAGAAUCUGCUUUUAAGGGAACUGGUGACGGGAAAUUAAAUGUGGCGAUUGAACUGGAUUCAAAUUCACUGAAGUCACCUACUCAAGACAAUGCAUAUGAAGAUUCCAAUAUGUCUAAAAUGGAUGAAGGCAACAAGUCAGCCCUUCAAGCGCCUGUUGAAUUCCAUCGCUCUACCUCGUAUUUGGCUGGUCAGGAAACUGUUCCAAAAAUAGCAAUUAUCUCCGAGACAGAGGAUGGGUCCGAAUCUGUGGAUUUAGCAGCUCAAGGAAAUCCAAAUCAGGAGGGAGCUGAUAAAUGCCAGAAAAAGCUUCAUACUGAACUUAACUUAGCUAGCAUGAAGGUUUCUGAACUGCGUGAACAGUUAAAAGCUCGUAAUUUGCCUACUGAGGGAGUAAGAGCUCAGUUGUUGACUCGUCUCAAAACGGCUAUCCAAGAAGAAGAAGAAAAGGAGUCGGCUAAAAAGGCUGAAAAAGAAAAAAUGGAGCAGGAAAAAACAUUACAGUCUGUGACUAUUGAUAAGUCACCCCAAGUUUCAGAAGAACAAAUAAAACCUUCAAAUACUGAUUUUGGAUCUAAAUCAUGGACGGAUGCACCUAAGUUGACUCUCCGGGAUCUCCCUUCAAUAAUAAUUUUACGCAAGAAAAAUGUUGACUUUACCGUACAGUCAGUCGGGCUCGAUGUUGUUAUGGAUUCAAAAUCUGAUUUUAUGGACUGUAGAUCAUAUGAAUUCAUGUUUUGCAUCCACACAAUCUUUGACAUGCUUCGCAGAGAUUCCGUAUUCACUUUGUUUCGUGCCCUUGUUACGGCUGCAGAUAGAGGAAUUUGCGCGAAACCUAGGAAACGCAGUGAACCAGAUUAUGUAGCUAAACGUGCUCGUUUAGAGCGUAAUGAAAGGACAUCUCUGGCAAAAGACGAGGAAUUUAAGGAAACUCCAUUGUAUACGACGGAUCUACCAUUGCUUUUUGCAUGCACAGUACUGGAUACAAGCUAUAAGAGUUAUUUCCUUUCGUCGGAGGUCGAAGACUUCAUUCUUUCACUUGGCUUGCCUAUCUCUCGAUAUCAGCUUCGAUCUCUCAUAUACAAAGUUCUUGAUCAUGGUCGUUUCCACUACCGUUCCUUGACGGAUUCAGAAGAACCUCUUUCUUUAGCGAAUAAAUCAUCUGUUAUAUUCUCCGAUAUUGACGAUGAUGAAUAUUUACUGGAACUUGUACGUGGUGGUGAUGCUAUUUUAGACGACCAAAUAGACGCGCAACCUAGCGGAAGCAUCGUUGUACUUCAAAAGUCGGGCGAAUCACUUAAUUCUCAGGCAAUCCAUCCCGAGGAAUAUCUCGGUCAUAUCAGAACGUCCGAACGCGAACACUCCAAACUGAUGACUCAGAUCCGACUUCAAGAACAGGAAAUUGAUAUAUAUUGAUUCGUCACAUACUGAAUCCUAAUGAACCAAGCUGACAGUAUUGGCCUUAACAUUUAUGUACCGACAUUCCAAGCAUAUCGGUCGAAGAACGGUAAUUCUAAAAUCAGUAACUUAAAGUCUCAGGCCUAAUUCAUACUGUGGACUGUAUAGGUGUGCUCGAUAAAAGUCUUCCGCUCAUUUCGCAGCACACGUUUAAACUCUAUGCUCUAGUGCAAAUACCCUAUUGCUUACGUCUUACUGGACGCGGUAAUGAAACAUAUAAAUGACCUCUUUGAGUUCAGCUUGACGAUAAAAAGUCUCCGUCGUGAACAACUAAAAAACAUGGAACAAUGAUCCUCCCUCAACCCAGGAGGCCAGAACGAUGGGCUAAGCACUUUGGAAAACAGUUUAACUACUCUGCAUCUACUCUUCAGUUACCCACUUUUGCCAAGCAACCUAGAAUUCCAGCACAAGCCAUUCAACUCGGAAAAAGGUUAAAGAAGCUAUAGCUAAUCUAAACCGAGACAAAGCGAUAGUCUCUAAUGUCAUAACCCGGAGAUCUCUAAGGAUGCUGUUCCAAUUAUGGCUAUUAGAUUGACUGGGAUCUUAGCUAUAGUCUGGGAACUAGAUUUAAUUCCACCUGACUGGUCUCAAUCGCUGAUCGUUCCGGUCUGUAAGAAAGGACAAAAAUCCUCUUGCUGUAACCAUAGAGGAAUCAGAUUGACUUAUGGUGUCUGAAAUAUAGACCUCAAUAAUCAUACAACGGUUAUCUUAGGCUAAUAGGGAGUAAAGACGGGGAAAGCAAGUUGAUUUCAGACUUAGAUGUGGUUGUGUAGACUAAACAUUCGCUCUUUGCAAAUAUACCUACUAACUCUCAAGCAUGGUUGUAUCUCCUGACCUUAAGGCGACCACGUUCAACUCCGUAGAUCGACAAGUUUUGGAGUGUCUUUCAUUGAAAGGUGUACCAAAGAAGUACAUAGACCUUGUGAAGGCUUUAUAUUCAGACACUGUCGGUCGAGUCAGACUCCACUAUCUCUAUUUUUAUUUGGUUUUAUCAUUGAUAUCCUUCUGGAAAUUAUAUUUUCUGCAAUUAACUUUCCAGGGGUCGAUCUCCUGCCAGGAGGUUCGGCUAUCGACUUGAAAUACACAAAUGGCAUAGUUCUGUUUGAUGAAGAAGCUGACAAAAUCCAGUAUUCUAAUUGACUUGGGAAACAACGUUAGCAUAUAGGGGAUUCGUUUCCCUUACUGAAGUCGAUGUUGCUAUGACUCACAAUCCAUUGUGGACGCGCAAACACAUGCAUCCUUGUUCUUUCUUACCUGGUGUCCAUAAUUGACUUCCUUUAGCGCUUCUGUUAUUUUUCCUUACAUGUUUUUCUCAUUGUGUUUAUAUAACAUGGCAAAUGGAACCAAUGCAUACAUGUGCUCGAGGUUACAAAAUGUCACGUGGCUGUUUUAUCUAUGUUUUACUUUCGAUUAUUUUUACAGCCCGUCUCCGUGAAUCUGUUGUGGACUUCUCAGAGCUGAAAGAUAAGUUGUUGAGAACUUCUUCAAGUAUGGAGGAUUAUCGAAGACGGUACAGGGAUGAACGAGACAAAGUUGACUCUCUAGCUCGUGUUUUGGAACAACAGGCAUCUGUUCUUGAUGCCUGUCGAUCUGCACUUCGACAGGCAUCCAGUCGUUUUUAUAUUCGUCAUUCUGUUAAUGAGUCAUCUAAACAAGCCAAGCGUUCAUUGUCACCUUGUUCAGUGUCUAGUAACAUGGAAUCUGUCAAAUCUACAAGGAAAAUUAAUACCUCAGAUUCAUUUAAAAACGAUCUGUCACUAUCUGAUUCGCUGAACGAAGGAAAUGUUCCUAAAGUUGUGGAAAUUGAUUCUGCUACAGUAAAGAAUGUGUGUGAACAAACUACCAUGGUUUCAAACGUCAGUUCCGAUGUUUCAGAAUAUAUUAUGAAUGGAUUAAAAACGGAAGAAGCUUUGGUUUCAUGCAACGCUAACGAGAAUGCUUCAACAGCUGUUGAUCAAAAAUGUUCCAUUGUCCCUACAGGAAUAGAACCCCAAAUUACUCUAGGUAUGUAAUAUGUCAACUUUCGUUUUAAUGAUCCAAAAUUGGUUCUCGCUGCAUACUAAUAAACUCUAAUUUUAGGUUCAAAUGAAUGAAACUGAAUACGCCGCUUGUGGAUCCGUUUGGUGAUUAUUAGUUAUCCGUGCUACUGUUCAUUAAAAAUAAACACAUGAAAGCUUGGUUUUUAUUUUCAAAACUAAUUAAAAUAUACAUUUGUCUUGUCUU